UCGACACUUACGGACACGUUUUCUGCGCAUCCCUCACUCACCUUUUUAUUAUUAUUUUUUUAUUUUUAUAAAAAAUUUAUCGUUGCUUUUUGAACUACGAAACCAAAUGAAAUGCUUCAAAAGCACCGUCACAAACACCAACACUGCCAUUUGAAUUUUCCACAACCGCUGCCAUGGCUUACCGAAACGGCGUCGCUCUCGCUCAGAGAGGAACCGCCGUCAAGUUCGACCGUCCAAACCACCUCCGAACGCCGUCGCUCAAGCCUCGCCUCCCUCACUCGCCGGGAUCCGCCCUCCGCCGCUCCGCCGCCGCCACAACCGGAGACGGAGUGCCUGGAAGAGUUCGAGUGGCUGUAAGGUUGAGACCUCGAAAUACUGAAGAAAGGAUGGCUGAUGCUGAUUUUGCUGACUGUGUUGAAUUACAGCCCGAGCUUAAAAGACUGAAACUCCGGAGAAACAAUUGGGAUUCAGAUACUUAUGAGUUUGAUGAAGUGCUUACUGAAUUUGCAUCCCAGAAGCGUGUAUAUGAAGUUGUAGCUAAGCCAGUUGUUGAGAGUGUUCUCGAUGGUUACAAUGGAACUGUGAUGGCUUAUGGUCAAACUGGAACGGGCAAAACUUUUACUCUUGGACAAUUGGGGGAGGAAGAUAUCUCUGAUCGUGGUAUCAUGGUUCGUUCCAUGGAGGAUAUCUUAGCCAACACAUCUACAGAAACUGAUUCUGUCACUGUGUCAUAUCUACAGCUUUACAUGGAGACUCUCCAGGACUUGCUUAAUCCAGCAAAUGAUAAUAUUCCCAUUGUGGAAGAUCCAAAAACUGGUGAUGUGUCUUUGCUUGGGGCUACUCUUGUGGAAAUCAAGGAUCAGCAAAGUUUCUUGGAGUUGCUAAGAGUAGGGGAAGCCCAUCGAAUUGCUGCCAACACAAAGUUGAAUGCUGAAUCUUCUCGUAGUCAUGCUAUACUGAUGGUACAUGUUAAGAGGUCUGUUGUGGAUAGUGAAGAUGUUGUUUCCACUGAAAAUAAUGAUGCCUCUCGCUUGACUAAACUUUCAAAACCAGUCAUUCGAAAGAGCAAGUUGGUUGUGGUAGAUUUGGCAGGAUCAGAGCGUAUCCAUAAGUCAGGAAGUGAAGGGCACAUGCUAGAGGAAGCUAAAUCCAUCAAUCUUUCACUUAGUGCAUUGGGAAAAUGUAUUAAUGCACUAGCAGAAAACAAUGCUCAUGUUCCAUUUCGUGAUUCAAAGCUUACUAGGUUGCUCAGAGAUUCCUUUGGAGGAACAGCAAGAACUUCAUUGAUUGUUACUAUUGGCCCAUCUCCACGUCAUCGAGGAGAGACUUCUAGUACUGUAUUGUUUGGCCAAAGGGCUAUGAAAGUUGAGAACAUGCUGAAAAUAAAGGAGGAGUUUGAUUAUAAAAGUCUGUCUCGGAGGCUUGAGGUACAAUUAGAUAACCUUAUUGCAGAAAAUGAAAGGCAGCAGAAGGCUUUUGAGGAUGAAAUUGAAAGAAUAAAUUUGGAGGCACAAUGUCGUAUAUCCGAGGUUGAGAGAAAAUUUGCAGAUGCAUUAGAGAAAGAGAGAUUGAAAUGCCAGAUGGAGUACAUGGAGUCAGUUAAGCAGCUGGAACAGAAGUUGGUGUCAAAUGAGGAAAGACAUGGCAACAAUUGUUUUGUGGAUGGUUGUAGAGAGGGCCCAAGACAAUCUUCUGUGGAUGAAGUUGUUGAGAUCAAAAUGCUGUUUGAAAAUGAAUGCAAUAGGAGAAAGGCAGUGGAAGCAGAGGUAGAACAUCUAAAAUAUCUAAUGGGGAAACACACACAGAGAGAGGCAGGAGGGGAUGCAGAGGUUAUAAAGGUUCACAGCGUUCUGGGGGAUGAAACUAAUCAGAAAAAGAAACUUGAAGAAGAAAUAAUAAUAUUAAGAAGUCAAUUGUUGCAAUUGAACUUUGAAGCUGAGCAGAUGAGAAGAUGUUUGGGAAGUGAAAGCUCUGUAAAUGCAUCCUCUGCCAUGGAUUCUUCAAUGUCUCAUGUUAGGCAUUCUCAACUCAAAGAGACUGGGAAUGGACAGAAGGCAUCUGUUGCUGCACUCUUUGAGCAAGUUGGAUUGCAAAAGAUUUUGUCGUUCCUGGAGUCAGAUGAUCCCAAUGUUCGGAUUCAUGCUGUUAAAGUGGUGGCCAACCUUGCGGCGGAAGAGGUGAAUCAAAAAAGUAUUGUUGAAGCUGGUGCUCUUACUUCCUUGCUGAUGCUUCUUAGAAGAUAUGAGGAUGAAACUGUUCACAGAGUAGCAGCAGGGGCAAUUGCCAAUCUUGCCAUGAAUGAAGCCAAUCAAGAACUUAUAAUGGCUGAAGGGGGAAUCACUCUGUUGUCAAUGACUGCAUCAGAUGCUGAAGAACCACAAACUCUUCGAAUGGUUGCUGGUGCCAUAGCUAACCUAUGUGGAAAUGAUAAAAUAUUGAUGAAGUUGAGAUCCCAGGGAGGUAUUAAGGCUUUAUUGGGAAUUGUAAGAUGUGGACAUCCUGAUGUUCUUUCACAAGUUGCACGAGGAAUUGCCAACUUUGCCAAAUGCGAAUCUCGAGCUUCUAGUCAAGGGAUGAAAAGUGGUAGAUCCUUUUUGAUAGAAGAUGGUGCACUUCCAUGGAUAGUACAGAAUGCUAACAAUGAAGCUGUACCAAUAAGGCGUCACACUGAACUUGCACUUUGCCACAUGGCACAGCAUGAAGUGAAUGCAAAAGACAUGAUCAGUGGAGGUGCCCUUUGGGAGCUUGUCCGAAUUUCAAGGGAUUGUACGCGAGAGGACAUAAGGAAUCUUGCUCGCCGGACUCUCAAUACUAUCCUACCAUUCAAAUCUGAAUUGCGGCGAUUACGCAUAGACUGUUGAUGUUGAUGGCAUAUCUUUCCAGGGAUUGUUCUUAUGUUGUUCUUGGUCCACUGCUGAUGAGACUGAUCCACUUAUAUUACAAAAUUAUUUUGAAUGGAGCAUUUGGUGAGUUGUAUACCUUGCUAGUUUUGGGUAAGAUAAGCAGGGUUUGGUAGGUACUUUUGUGGUUUCUAGUCAUCACUGAUCUAGAAUGUCACGUAUGUAAAUAGAGGGGGAAGAGAUGAAGAGAGAUGUUGAAGGUAUGUUACGUUCAAUCAUACAUGGUGUAAUCAAACUUUGAUUGCCCGAAAUCCACAUGGAGCUGUCAAUAUUGUAUUUGACUUGUGCAAGUAAUGAAAAUCCUUACUGAUAUUAUUUUGGUA